UGCUUGCGUCGUGGAAUAGUUUUUCCCCAACAUUGUGCCUGUCUGUCGCAUACAAAGGUCGACUGAGUUCCUACUCUCUUUGUCUGGAUUGAUUCGUGUAUAACCAUAUUCUUUACAUUACUUCAAAGAAACGUUUCUUCUGUGUGUUUACACUUGUUCUUUUAGCUGAUCUUGACGUUGAGGUUGAUACCCCGUGCAUUACACGUCAUACCCCCCUCUAGUGCAGUCGCACACGUGCACACCAUCAAAUACCAUUCCCCGGUUCUCACGAACCACUCACACAUACCGUUCACAAUGGCUUCCGAAAACACCAAUGGUGCGACCAAGCCCGCCGAGAGCAAAUUUGACCCCAACUUCACGCAGCAUGUUAUCGACCUGAUGAGCCCUGAGACCCUUCCCAGGCAUCGGGAAAUUCUCACCUCCCUCAUCAGGCACAUGCACGACUUCUGCCGUGAGGUCGAGCUCAAGCAGGACGAGUGGGUCCUCGGUGUUAACUACAUCAACUCGCUUGGCCAGGCCUACAAGAAGAACAGGAAUGAGACAUGGCGUCUCAUGGACAUUCUGGGUAUCGAGUCCCUUGUUGAUGAGAUCAACAACAAGGUCGUCACCCCAGAUGGCAAGGCUCCCACAUCUUCCGCCAUUCUGGGCCCCUUCUGGUCCCCCGAGACGCCCUUCCGCGACCUCGGCGCCUCUUGCGUGCAGGACAUGCCCGCCGAUGGUCAGCUGACCCGGUUCCACGGCGUCAUCAGGGAUGUCGAAACCGGCAAGGGCAUUCCGGGUGCCGUUUUCGACAUGUGGCAAGCCAGCACCAACGGCAAGUACGACGUCUUUGACCCGGAGAACCAGACGCGUCACAACCUGCGCGGCAAGUUCAAGACGGACGAGGAGGGCCGCUUCUGGUUCUACUGCCUGAAGCCUACCGAGUACGCCAUCGACACAACGGGUCCCAGCGCGGUGCUGUUGAAGAUGAUGCACAGGCAUCCAUACCGGCCCGCGCACAUCCACAUGAUGGUCACCCACCCGGAUUACCUCGGCAUCACCGCACAGCUGUACCCCAGGGACGACCCGUACCUCGAGACCGACACCGUCUCGGCCGUCAAGCCCGACCUGCUGCUCGACUUCAACCCAGCCGCCAAGGACGACCCCAUGGGUGCCCAACUGGACUGCGAGUACAACGUCAACAUGGUCUCCAAGAAGUACAAGCCUGACUCAACCAUGCUCCUGGGCAACGCCAACCAGGGCAACUUUGAUUAGACGUAGUUGGGGCGCUUUAUAAACAAGAAUAAAUAGUAAUAAAAUAUACAAAAGAAUAGCGAUUUCAGCAUUUAUUCAAUGAAUGGAAGUGGGCCUGGGUUCUUGUUGAUGUUGAC